AAAAAAAGAAAAUUGGGUUUGUAAAAAUCGAAUUUUACAUUUGUAAGAGGAGGGGAAGAAAAAAAACUUAUUUCUGUUGCACUUGGUUUCUUAAUCAACAAUGAUAAGAGUUAUUUUGAAGUAUCUGGUAUCUUUCUCGAUUUCGAUAACAAAUAGAGCGGUAAUUGCUUUCACAGAGUUCGCAAUUCGGCAUUCGAUUUCCUGAGCGCUUUACAUACGCAAUACAUGUUAUCGUCUCCCCUUUUUUUCCACCACUCAGCCAGUUGGUUUGAGUAGACAUAAUGAGCUCAAGUUUGCUUUACGACCAGCUGUGAUUAAUCUUUUGUCCGCUCAAUUUUUGAACCCGUAAAAUCCAACUGGACUUCUUUGUGUGGAUUGAUUCAUUGAGAAAGAUUAUCUGUGUGAUUCAUUGCUGGAAUUUGCAUUAUCUAUCCAUAAGUCUCGUAGAUUUCUGCAUUUGAUAGUGGCAAUUGGAUUGGAAUACUUCCCUUCUUUCGACGUUCUAUGUGGAGAUCUGUGGUGUAUUUAGUGUGUGGAUUGCGUUUAUGAUGCUCUUUUGUUGCAUCGGCUGUGCUAAGACUGUGUCUCUUUUUAAUAAUGGCUCCGCACAAAGGUGGUCCGACCGAAACGCAAGGGCUGCUAGCGCAGCAGUCCGAAGAAAAUUUGAAGAUGCCUUAUUUACUCCUCACAAAAACAGACGAUAAACAACAUGUUGUUACAGUUGAAGAAGGCACGGAAGAUCAAGUGGAAGCACAUGGAUUCAUUGAGAGCAAAUGUAAGAUUUGUCUUUACAAGAUAGGAUUUUGCCUCAGUUUUGGCAUACUUUGGUUAGUUAUGAGAUGGUGGCCAGAAUGGAAAGUUCGGAUGACCUGUCAGCCUUGUAGUAUUUCCACUGCCACUGUGUUAAUACUAAAAGAUCUACAUGGCAGUUCAAAUGUUCGCAAAGUCAUUGUCCAAUCUGUAACUGCAUCAUUACCACCAGAGCUUGUUUAUUCAAGAACCCUUUCAUCCAUCAGUAAUCAUCGAGGAAAUUCCACAAAUUUCAACUAUUCUCCUGCAUGUUUAUAUCGCUAUUUCAUACAUAACUGCGUGAAAUUUGUUUGGGAUAAUCAACGUUCAUCUUUUAGGAGGCUUAGUGGCUUCGAGCAAGGUUUGCAAUGCUCGGAAUUUCACUCAAAAUUCCAUGGUCUUCUAGCUGUAGAGCAGAAGCAAAAGCAGGAGAUAUAUGGACCAAAUUGCAUAGAUAUCGAGGUUAAAUCCUAUUUUCGUCUGUUUUUUGAUGAGGUGCUCAAUCCUUUUUAUAUAUUUCAAGUUUUCAGCAUUGUCUUGUGGGCAUUGGACAACUACAUGUAUUAUGCUGCCUGUAUUCUAGUCAUUACUCUGGUCUCUAUCGCUGUAUCAUUAUAUGAAACUAAAAGACAACAAAUUGUUUUACGGAACAUGGUAGCCCACUCAAAUUCUGUUACUGUUACUGUUCGUAGACAAGAUGGCAUUUUUGAAGAUAUACCUGCAAGUGAUCUUGUGCCAGGUGAUGUUAUAGUCAUACCCCCUCAUGGUUGUCUUAUGGCUUGUGAUGCUGCUUUGAUUGCUGGCAACUGUAUUGUAAAUGAAAGCAUGUUAACCGGUGAAAGCAUACCAGAAACAAAGACUCCAGUUUCAAAGCAUGAUGAUGAAAUGUUUACCCCUCUCACGCAUAAAAGGCACACUUUGUUUUGUGGGACGCAAGUUAUUCAAACAAGAUAUUAUGAAAACAAUAAAGUUCUAGCAGUUGUCGUCAGAACUGGUUUCUCAACUGCUAAGGGAGAGCUAGUGCGUUCAAUACUAUUCCCAAAACCAUUAGGAUUUAAAUUCUACAGAGAUUCUAUAAAAUUUGUUAUUCUUUUGUUUUUUGUUUCUGCUUUUGGGAUGGCUUAUUCCAUAUACUGCUAUAUUAUUCGAAAAUCCCCAAUAUCAGACACUAUUAUUCGAGCCCUUGAUAUCAUCACAAUUGUUGUUCCUCCUGCCUUACCAGCUGCCAUGACCAUUGGCACAGUAUAUGCCCAAAGUAGAUUGAAAAAACAAGGAAUAUUUUGUAUAAGCCCUCCUAGAAUAAACAUUGGUGGAAAGUUGAAAUUAAUUUGUUUUGACAAGACUGGAACUCUAACCGAAGAAGGAUUAGAUUUGUGGGGAAUCAUUCCCACUACUGAGGGAAAGUUCAAAGAACUGGAACAUGAUGCUACUCUUCUGUCUGAUCAUGACCCCCUGAAAGUUGCAAUGGGUGCUUGCCAUUCCUUAACAGUCAUUGAAAAUGAACUCCGUGGUGAUCCACUGGAUUUGAAAAUGUUUUUAGCAACAAAAUGGGAAUUGGAAGAGCCUGGUGCAGAUACAACAAAGUUUGAUCUUUUGAAUCCUACUGUUAUUCGCCCACCUGCAAUAAAACAAACAAAGCUGUGUAGCAAUGGUGUAGAAGCUGGCGACACACUGCUUGUACAAGAACCUGGUUUGGAUGAGAGUGCUCUUAGUUUUCCUUUGUCUACGACAAAAGACUGCUCCAUUCUUGACGAGAUGCCUUAUGAAGUAGGUAUAAUUCGUCAGUUUCCAUUUUCAUCUAAUCUUCAAAGGAUGAGUGUUAUCUGUAGGACUCUUGGAUCAAAACAUAUGGAUUUAUACUGCAAAGGAGCUCCAGAAAAAAUAUCAUCUCUGUGCCUUUCUGAAACUGUUCCUGAAACUUUUCCUGAACUUUUAAAAGAUUAUGCCUUACAAGGUUUUCGAGUAAUAGCACUGGCUCAUCGCAAGUUAGAUUCGAAGUUGAACUGGCAUCAUGCUCAAAAAGUGAAACGUGAUGUUGUAGAAAAAGAUUUAACUUUUUUGGGCUUGUUAAUCAUGCAAAAUACUCUGAAGCCUGAAACCUCUCCCGUCAUAAAAGUUUUGCAAGAUGCCAAAAUACGUUGUGUUAUGGUCACAGGUGACAAUGUUAUGACUGCUAUGAGUGUAGCCAGGGAUUGCCACAUGAUUCCAGAAACGGAUAGAAUUAUUGCCAUUAAAGGUUCACCUCCAGAGCAAGGAAAGCCUGCUCACUUGUAUUUUGAAUAUGCAGAGACUCCACAAAUGCGGAAUUCAAGUUCAAUUAUAUCUUCUGCAUUAUCAGCAUGUGGAGACAAUAGCCCUAUAAUUAGUCACAUUGUUGAAACAAGUCCAUAUUAUCAUUUUGUAAUGGAUGGCAAAGCGUUUGCUGUUAUUCGUACAUACUUUCCAGAAAUGCUGCCGAAGAUUAUUGUUCGUGGAACAGUGUUUGCAAGAAUGGCACCUGAUCAAAAAACUCAGCUUGUAGAAUCACUUCAAGAAAUUGGGUAUGUUGCUGGCAUGUGUGGAGAUGGUGCAAAUGAUUGUGGAGCUUUAAAAGCAGCAGAUGUUGGAAUUUCCCUGUCAGAAGCGGAAGCAUCAGUAGCUGCACCUUUCACUUCAAACAUUCCUAAUAUCACAUGUGUUCCAAUAGUUAUAAGGGAAGGUCGCUGUGCAUUGGUGACAUCAUUCUCAACAUUCAAAUUUAUUGCUUUGUACAGUUUAACUCAGUUCAUAUCUGUUCUUAUUCUUUACACUGUUGAUACAAAUUUAACAGAUCAGAUGUUCCUUUAUAUUGAUUUGGCUAUUAUUACCCUUUUGGCUAUCGUGAUGGGCUAUACACGAGCUUAUGAAAAAAUAGUGCCUCAGCGUCCCAGAAGCAAUCUCGUUAGUGUUCCAAAUGUUGUGUCUCUUUUGUCCCAAGUAUUUUUUGUAGGUGCUGUCCAAGUAGGUUCUCUCAUGUAUCUUCAAGUUCAAAAAUGGUACGUUCCAGUUGUCACAGAAGAUGAAAUCUUUCCUUGCUGGGAAAAUACAACAAUAUUUUUGGUUUCUAGCUUUCAGUAUAUCAUAAUAGCUCUCCUAGUAUCUGAUGGUCCACCAUACAGGAGACAUUUUUUCACAAAUUAUUUAUUUUUAACUUCAUUGGCAGUUUUGACAUCAUUUUCAACAUUACUACUUUUCAAUCCAUUUGAAGAGUUGGCAUCGGGAAUGGCUAUGGUGAAAUGGAAGCCAACUCAACACUUCAUGUUUAGAGUCGUCCUUUUUAUGGUAAUUGGCUGCAAUCUCUUCCUUGCAUUAGCUUUUGAGAUGAUGGUUUCUAAGAGCCGCUGGCUUCGCUGGUUUGUACGUUUGAUAAAAAAUAAGAAAGAACCCAAGAAUGAAUAUAAGAGAAUAGAAAAGGCCAUUUCUGAUGAUUACGAGUGGCCCCCAAUUGAUAAAGCAAUUUAUGCAACUGGAACUGUAAUUCUUGGACAAUGACAAUUACUUAUCCUUAGUGCCUUUGGUUAUUCCUGUUGGUAUCUCAAAUCAUGGUUUCUAUUUAAAUAUUCAAAUACAAAGAGGCAUUUUUAUGCAUCAUAUUUUCAUACAUUUACAAUCCAUUCUUGGAAGACUUUGUUUCUAUCAUCAUAAACUAUUUAGGGGUGAUUGUCACACAUUUGCAUUGUGAUUCAGUUUUUAGUCAUUGCGAGUGAUCAUAUCAUUACAAAAUAUUUUAAGUUCAUAUUUAUUCAGUGGUUUUAUAAAACAUAGGUAUUUUUUUCUGUAUAAUGUAAGAAUCCUUUCUCGUUAAGUAGCACACAUUCUAUUUUAUGUGUGCUGUUAAGUUGGUCUUAAUAAAUGUAUAUAUACUGAGUUUUUUUACAAAUCAUUAAUAAAUUUUUUAUGUUCAUUUUAGGGAAGCUCAUUGUUAAGCAUCCCGGCGUAGAACGUCAUUUGCAUAUAACUGAACACUUAAAUUUAUACGCUCUAAAAUAUUUCAAGCAAUGCGGGGUUUGCAUGUUAUUUCUUUUUUUCUUCUCAAUUUGGGAUAGAAGCUUUUUUCUGUGUGUGUGUUAUUUCUUCCUUUGCUGAGGUUUUAUUAUUCUUGUUACACUUUGUAUGUUAUGAUAUUUACUGUUACCAGUUUUAGCAAUGUGCUGAAACCAAAAAAAAAAAAAAAAAAAAUGUAUAUGUUUUGAAGCUAGGGAAAUGUUUUUAGCCCCAGGCAAAUUAUUUCUCGGAGUUUAUGAGGAAAAUUCAGUGUAACAUAACUUCUGACAGAUUCUUACUCUGAAAGAACUAGUCGCUGAGAUUUAGAUAUAUUUUUUGUUAAUUACAAUCAAAACAGCUGCAAGAUGAUUUAGAUCAUAUUACUAAGUGGGCAGACAAGUGGGGUAUGGCAAUUAAUGUUAGGAAACGUUAGGCAUACAAGUUAUUAUUUACAGGGUUCAGUCAUAAGUCCGGUAGAAAAUGUUAUUGAUUUGGGGGUCUUAAUAAAUCAGGACUUCAAAUUUAGUCAACAGCACAGCAUUGUAAGUAACAAAGCCAAUAGAAUGUUUUGAUUUAUCAAUAGAUCUAUUUCAAACAAACCUAAGAAGAUGAUGUUAUGAAAUCCCGGGCUGUUCUGCGGUGGUCUGAAUGUUGUUGCCCCAAAAGUUUCGACCGCAUCUGCGGCGGUCAUCUUCAGUGUUUACGUGGUCGAAGCUUCCAGGGAAGCGACUUCCUUGCAACUGAUGCAGAUUUCAAAGUGUUGUCAAUAUUUAUGUGGGAAGAGCUAGCUCUCCCUUGGUUUUGGGCCAGGAUUGGCUGAUGAACACCUUGUCCUUGUUUCUGGUUGACUGAAAUUUGCCCAGAAUCUCAGAACAUCAUUGACACUGGGAAUCUCACAACAUCAUUGACACCGGCCAUGAAAGCCUUCAUUCUAAUAUAAAUCUAAGAAGGUUCUUCUACCUUUGUAUAUAAAUUUGAUAAGACUUCAUUUGGAGUAUCUUGUUCAGUUUUGGUCUCCUAACCUUAAGAAAGAUAUUUCUUUAUUGGAAAGAGUUUAAAGAAGUGUUACUAGACUAGUAAAGGGACUUUCAGAUUUAGAUUAUGAUACCAAACUUAAAAGGCUUAACAUGUCUAGCCUGGAGCAAAGGAGGAUCAGAGCGGACAUGAUUCAAUUGUUUAAAUUUAUCAAAAUGAAUGAUGUUAAUUUAUUAAAUUUUUUCACCGAAAGCAUGACGAGGGGUUGUUAUUUUCAGCUAUUCAAAUCUCAGGCUAACCUGGAAAUAAGGAAAAACUACUACUUUAGUAGGGUUGUGGGCAGUUGGUAAUGAGCCAGGGAGUGGAUUGCUUAAAGAGGGCCAUAAAUCUUCAUUGGGGACUAAUGAAUGAAAGAAGUUAAUGGGUUCUAUAUAUUAACAGAAAGCAGGAUAAGGGAUCAUUGUUUUAAACUAUUCAAUCCUAAGGCUAACAUGGAAAUUAAAAAAAUUUACUACUUUAGUAGGAUUGUGGGCACUUGGAACAGCUUAUUGAAAGAGCCGGUAAUGAGCAAGGGGGGAGAGGGAUAGCUUUAAAAGGGCCAUUUAUACUGGUUUUGAGCUCCCCCCUCUUGCUGAUUAUGUAGUUCUAUAAUGACUGCAGCAAUUCGUAGUUCAGUAAUACCUGUGAGAGAUUCCAAUAUUAUUGGAAAAUAUUUUAAUUAGCAUUGAAAAUGCUUAAUUUAGUGUUGAAAGAAAAAUUGAUUGAAGAAAUUAUCUUUCUCUAAAUUUGAAAUGUAUAUGCAAAUCCUGCUUGUUCUUGAAAUUGUGCUCUUCAAGGUUUGGUUGCAUUUAAGUAGCUUUUUUAUACUAAUGUAUGUUUACCCCCCCCCCCUUUCUUUUUUUUUUUUUUUUGGCUACUUCAGUUAACAACAAAAAUUUAAUUAUUCUUUUUCUAAUAUCAAGAAAAAGAUUGCUUCCAUAUGAAUUAAUUAAGUUGCAAUUCCAAAAAAGAAGAAAGUUUUUAUUUACAGAAGUUUCAAAAAUUCAGUACUGUUUUUGCCUUGAAACUGAAACAGAACAAAACAUUUGAGUAACAUUCUUGUAUGUAGUUAAAGAUAAAACUUGAAAAAAACAAACAAAAAAUCCAUAUUAGGGUUGUUUAAACAAAAUAGCUCAUAGACUUAAUAUGUAGCCUACUUUACUUAUGAUUAAACAUUGCAACAAUGAAUGUCUGGUGUUAGAAAAUCACACAAUAGUAGCUUUACAUAAGAAGUAAAUAUGCAAUAAGCAUUUUCAUUGACAGGGAUUUUUAUAUUCCAAUCACCCCUAAAAUGCUUAUUUUAAUUUAACAUGUGUGAGAUAUUUUUGUAUGUACUUUGGUAUGAAUCUUUACCAGUUUUGUACAAGACCUGUAUUGUCAAAAUUGAAGUGCAAAAGAAAAAAAGUGUUUGCACUGAAUGGGACCGAGAUGUUUGUUAUUAUUUUCUCUUUCUUUCAAGUUUUUUUUGUACAUAGAUUUUUUCUUUUAGAGCUUUGCUUUGUGAUUUAUAUUUAUUAAAGCUUUGGUAUUAGAAAACUUGUGAUAUGUUUGAAAACCACCAAAUGCUUGUAAUGUGUCUAAAUUUUCAGCUGCAUUGUACAAAUGAAAAACAAUGAAUUUCAGUAUUUUAAAUGUGAUGAACUUGCUGUCUUCAUAAUGGUACAUGAAAAAAUGAUGCAAUUUUGAAAUAUCCCCCCCCCCCCCUCCGGAUUAAUUUAAGGUAUAAUAUUUUAUUGGCAAAAACAUCUUGGCGAGUUGUUUGAAAAGGAUCCCUUGUUUUUUUUUUUUUUUUUUUUUUUUUUUUUUUUCAUUUUAAAGAAUUUAAUAUGUUGUUCAUCAAAAACUCAGUUUUUUCUGCUAAGCAAAGACUGAGGAAAUAUUUCAAGCUUUUACCUGGUUUAUUCAUGAUACAACUUAAGAACUAGAUUUAUUCAAGAAAAUUGUACUUAAUUUAAUUAUUGAGGGACUAUGUUCAAAGUGAGUAGCUAAUUCUUAAAAUUUAGUAUAGAAAUUAGCUUCUCCUGCAGUAACUAAACAGCCUUGGCAUUACUCUUGAGUUUCUCCAUAGUCUGUCUACUUUUGACUACCUUUAUUAUUAUUUUUUAUAAUUUUAAAAUGUGUAGGUCUCUGUUGACAUAAUCUAUCUUAUAAAAGAUCAACCCCUUUGCCUUACUCUUAUGGGUUUUGUUUGAACUAUUUAUUAGGGGCUUGGAUCCAUGUGCAUUCUAACCAACUGUUCAUCCCCAUUAAUAUUUUGUACUUCAAAGCUCUCUAUCUACCCUGCAAAAGUUCAGAGUUAGAUCUAGGAUUUUUUUCUUAAUUAACAUCAAAAAUACCUUAUUUGCUUUUUCUUUUCCCCCAGAACACCCUUUUCGGUUAAAAUUAAUCCACAUGUCAGAACAAAUCUUAUAAGGAUGUUAAAAUAUGAAUAGCUUCAAUAUGAGCUAACCAAAAAGAUUAAAAGCAGACCGGUUUUAAGUCCAAUUGCUCCCUUUGUCCAUACUUUGCAGAUGAAAAAGCUAUUUUCCUCUGCUUGGCUUGCUUAAAGGGGACUAUUUCCUUAGGAACUAGUCUGCUUAUGUUAAACUUUUUAAUCUGGGAUUAUUGGCAUUCUUUGUAUUUCAACAUUUUUAGCCCAUAAUACCAGAUUUUAAAUUAUAUAUAUUGUCAAGUAAAGUGGGAUCAGCAAGGCGUUUUUUCCUUGAAAGUAUUACUUUUAUCAUGUGCUUCUUUGUUUUGUUUUUAUUAAUAACAUGGUUACGUUACUUUUAGAUAAAUUUCCAAUAUAUAAGCAACAAAUAUUUCAAUAUAUAUAAGGUUUAACAUUGUUCACAAGUUUAUUAUUAUUAUUAUUUUUAAUUUCAUUUUCAGUACAUAUUAUGUCUUUUAACUUUUCAUGACACACAAGUAGAAUUAAAUUUUUUGAGUUUUGGUUUUCAUUUUAGUAUAUUUGGGAGUUAUAAUGUUUGAAAAAAAAAAGUUCGAAGAGAUUUCUUUUUAAACUCAUUGUUUUCAAUGUUUAAGGGGCAAAAAAUAAAAUCAGGCAAUGUAAAGGGGGGGGGGGAAGCAAAAUUGGUUAAUUUGUAUUUUAUAUCAAGUUAAGAAAAAUUUACUGAUGUGAGGAUUCAAUCACCAAAUUAAAAUGUCUUAAUCUGACAGCUGUAUGGAUGUUUUUCCAUUUAAUUUUAUUUUAGCAUUAAGAAUUUUGAUCCCUUCUUGCUCUUCUUGAAAAUUAUUAUACAGGCCACUAUUUAAUUCAUCUCAUUUAAGUGACUGAUUUGUGAUUUAAAAACACAUUUGCUUCUAAACAUGUUUUGUCUUGUACAAGCUUCAAUAUUUGCUGAAUUUAAAAAUUCAAAAUCAUUGAAGAUUCAUGAAACUUAAGUUAUUUAUAGAUUUAUUUCUUUUUCAAGAGAUACUCUUCCUGUAUCACUCAGUGUUUUUUAAAAAUGAGUAUUCAAAAUAUUAAAAAAUGUUAAAGUUUGUUUCAGCCCUAUGUCUUAAUUUUAUCAGAUUAACCUCUUCAUACCAGAAGAAAAAUUUCUCAUAAAAAUGUUUCGCCUUCUUGUGAUUCCAAUAACAUAAAAAGAAUUAAGAAAACUGAUCUUUUUUUUUUCAACCAUUGUUUCAGAUAGACAGGGCAAAAUAUACUGAUGUGUUUGUAAUUUAUUUUCUUUUAUUUUAUUUGUGAAAUGAAUUUUUGUAAAAAAUAUUCCCUUGAUUGAAAUUAUUGAAUUUAAGCUUGAAAACAGAAUAUAUAAAAGUAAAACCUGUACAUGUUUUAUUUUACUUUUAAGGCUUAAUUUCAAAUUUGAAACAUGCAUUACAAAAUAAAACACACACACACACAAAAGAAAGAAAAAGAAAAAAAAAGUAGUAGAGGUAAAAAGUAGAAGAGGAAAAUAACUUAACAUUUUACAUCACAAGAUUGACUAGCUUUCAGCAAGUUUAAAUCUGAUAUUUUUGUUUGAAAAUAACGUUUUAAAAACGUAAACUAUAUUGCCAUUUGCAUGACAAUAAUAAAAUUAGAAUAUUUUCAGUAGAUUUCACUAGUUUAAAAUAAGUUUUAAGCAAAAGAUCUUUUAAAGAUUUUUUUUUUUAAAUCUACAUACCCGAUCGGUACAUCUGGAAUGAAGAGGUUAAUUGACACCUUUUCCUUUAAAAUGAGAUUAAAGUCUCACAACUUUUGACAACCUAAUGACCACACAAUAAAAUGGUAUCACUUACCAAUUCCAUGCUCUUGAAAAAAAAAACCAAGUUUUUUUAUUCCAUAGUUGCACAUAUUUUUUGUGAAACUAUUGUCUUUAGCUGUAGUUUUACAAAUCUAGGAAGAGAGUAAUACUAAAAAAUUUGCUACAAAGUUAUAGAACCUUGAAGUGAUAUAUUUUGGUGAAUUGUUUGUUGUGAAUUUCUAGUGCUUUUAUUUAUUACAAAAAUGUAUUGUAGAACAUUUGUAAAUUGGUACUAUUUGAAAAAUUUAUUAAAGUUAAUUUAUAUUUUGUGAUCUAAGAUAAAGCAAUCUUUGUAAUAAACAAAAAUAAGCCAAAUAUCACAUUGGGGCUACUGUGUUUUGUAAAUAAAGGUAGUGUUUAAAU